AUGGAUCGGGCCCUGGACUCAGAUGAACCGCCAGCAGACGGAUCUCAUAUUGGUGGAGAACUUCCAUAUAUUCUCGCUGGUCUUGGCGCAGUCUGGUUGGUCUCAAUGGGCCUCAUGGCCAUUAACUCCUUUCUGAAUCAGAGAAGACAGCAUAUGGAAGCCCGAAGGGACAUCGAAAGGUUGCAAGUAGUCCAAGGUGACAGAGUGACUUUGGAAACUCUCGAUUCCACAAGCCCAGCUGAAAACUACAAGUUCCCUCAAUCGUCCGAGCUGCAUCCAUCUUUGCAAUUACACACAUUGCACACUCUAGAACUUUGCAUGUCUACCAUCAACAAUGCAUCGACCGUUGGUUCCAAGGCCGUCAUUUCACUUGUCCGUUAUGCAAGUCAAUAUAUGUUAAACGGCAAGGAAGCGCAACAGCAUCAUGAGGCUCCAGUGUAA